GCAUGGUGGGUGCUGUAAGGAAAGAAAAAUAGAUAAUGGGAGGGCUUGUCUAAACAAAGUGUUUGAGCCACAAGUCAGAUCAUUCAAUUUCUGGACGGUGUACAACUUUUUAUACAAGUUUUGUCCUGCAAUGCUUUUCCUUGAUUUCUGCUUCAGCACUCUGAUAGAUACAGAUAGAAGACAAAGGAGCCGUUCAAAAUGUGGGAGAGGAGAAAACUGCUUCUUGCUGCAAUCGUUUUCGCAGCUCUCAACUACAAAUUGACAAGCGCAAAAAUGCUGGACAUGGCCUCAGAUGCUGUAGAUGACCUAUAUGAUGGAUGCCGUAAAGAGGCCAUGGAGAAGUUUAUCAAUCUAGGCUUCUUAGAAAAAGAGCUACGCGGCAGUAAGGAAUUCAAGAAGGCGUGGGAUGCAAAUACCCAGUGUUCAAAGCUGAUCCCUAGAGGAACAAAAGAACAUACAACUGCACUUUUGGCAUAUGCUAGAGAUUCAAAUUUUGCUAAGACCUUUGAUGAUGCAGUUGAGUCAAUGGGCGGAAAUGUUAGCACCUAUGAAAACCACUUCCAUUUUAAGUCCCUUCACUUCCUGCUCAUGGAUUCAAUGUUGCUGCUGAAUCCAAAGAAAGACUGCAAGACUGUUUAUGUUCUCCAAGAAGGAUACACAGCACAAAAGGGCUCAAAGGUGAGAUUUGGAAGGUUCACCAAAGUUCAAACAAGCUAUAGAGCGCUUAGGAUGCUCGAAGAUUGGGAUGGGCAAGUCUUCCUUAAUAUCACUUCUUGUAUCUUUGUCAACCUGGGAGACAAUAUUUGCGGUGAAGAAAAGGAUAUGGCCCUAUUAUCUCCAGCUGAAGUGUUUACUGUGGAGGCAGUAAAUAAAAUAAAUGACGAGAUAAAUGAAGAAGAAUACACUGAGGUUGUUUUGAAACACUCACAACAGGACAGCUCGCACAACUGUUACAGUUUUUCACGGUCCCCGGCUGAUGUCCCCACCCAGUGGCUUGUGUUGCUUGCUUGUGGCUUUAUCUCUUUUUUUCACCCUGCAUUCUGGGAGCACAGUGCUCUGGUAGGGUAGUAAGGUACUAUGAGCUCUUUA